GGCUGCAUCCAUAGAGCGGCUGGUCCCUGUUUGUUAGCUGAAUGUCGGACCCUGAAUGGCUGUGAGACUGGACACGCAAAAAUCACAUGCGGCUAUGACCUCCCUGCAAAGUACGUCAUCCAUACUGUAGGGCCAAUAGCCAGAGGCCACAUUAAUGGUUCCCACAAGGAAGACCUUGCAAAUUGCUAUCAAUCAUCCUUGAAGCUGGUGAAAGAAAAUAAUCUCCGAUCAGUUGCAUUUCCCUGCAUUUCAACAGGCAUUUAUGGUUUUCCAAAUGAGCCUGCUGCAGUCAUUGCCCUAGAUACGAUCAAGGAAUGGCUGGCCAAGAAUCACCAGGAGGUGGACCGAAUCAUCUUCUGUGUCUUCCUAGAAGUUGACUUCAAGAUCUACAAGAAGAAGAUGAGCGAGUUCUUCCCUGUUGAUGAUAACAAUGAGGGAGCAGCUGAUGUUGACAUGAAAGAAGACACAGAAGGGCUUGAGCCUAAAGGCCUUUCCCCACCUCACAAGAAGAGCAAAGCAAAGAAAGCAGAAAGUUCAAAGGACUCCAGUGAAGAUGAGAGUGGUCCAGAGGAAAAGCCAACGACGGGAGAAACGGAAGGGCAGAGCCAAGAAGCAGAUGGUGUCCACACUGCCCCUGUGCCCAGUCCUGCUUCAGAAGACACAGUUGAAGUCCGUCCGGAUGAAGAUUCUGCAAAGGAUGACAAUCCUAUAAAGGACAGCGAUGUGACCAAUCAUGCUGUGUGUGACCAAGAACUUUCCAAUGGACAAGAGAAUGAGCCAACAAAGAGUGAAGUGAAAACUGAGACAGAGUCCCCAAGCUCAUCCAUGGAGACAGAAGAGCUUCCUUCAACCCAAGAAGAUGCCACGAUUGUGGAGCAACCAGAAGUGAUCCCCCUGACUGAUGAUGACCAAGAGGAGCAGGAAGGUGGAGAAGCUCAAGACGAAGAUGCAUCUUCUGUGUUUGCAAAAAGCCAAGGUUCCAGUGACACAGAACCCACUACAGGUCCUGACGUUGAAAUGAACAGCCAGGAUGACAACAUAAAUGAGCCAACAGAGUGUCAGCAAGAAGAUUUCCAAUAGGGCCGCAAGAUGAAGCAAAGGAACAAAGAAUUGAAGCGAAAUGACAACCCUCAGCAUCGCAAGGCCUGGCCCUGGGGGACUUGGGAAGAUGAUAGUGUGUGCUGUGGAAGAGGGUGGGGGAGGGGGGAAGGCGAGUCCGAAGAAGGAAGGGUCCUUUGCUCUAACUCUCCAGCUGCAUUUUGUUUUGUUUACCUACAGUAAAGCAAACAGAAAAGAAUUAAAAAAGAAAGAAAGAAAGGAAAAGGAAUAAGACAGCAAGCUCGCUCCACUCGUGAGGCCCCAAGCUAAGGCAAACUUUCAGGCACUUUGUCCCUUUCAUUUCAGUCUUUUCUCCAUGCCUCACCCUAGGAUUGGUGAUAGGGUUAAGACUCACCCGUGUCUCCUGGUCCCUGUCUGUUUUCUUGGUUACCUCACAAAGCUGGUCAUAGAGUGAUUUCUCCCAAGCGGGGAAAAAAAGAAGGAAGGAGAUUGAUGAGCUUCAGGCUAAAUUUCAAGAAUCACCAGGCCCCAAACUGGUAAAAUCCACAGACAGAGGAGGAAGGAUAGAAAAUGGACACAAGCCUCAGAGAACACCUUGAAGAGGUCUGAAUGAGGAGUUCAGAAUAUUUUAAUCAGGAUUUACUGAAGAAGGUGGACCUGGCAGCCACGGGGGGGGGGUCUCCACCUCCACAUCCUGGAUGUCUUGUGCAUUCCCUUUUGAGGCUGAUUUUGAGCACAGCUUCUUUGGUUUAUGAGGUCUUCAUGGCGUGCUUCCAUUUAGGGUCCAUCACUGAGAUGUGCCUCUUCCUACGCCAUGGGAAAGGGUAUUACUAUCAUUAAGAUUUAAUAGAUGCACUUGCUUCAUUUACAACCCAAACAAGCCUGUUAAAUAAUAAUUUCAGUUUCCAAAGUUCCACAUGAAAUCAUAAAAGAAUAUCCAUGUUGAGUCAAGGUGUGUUAGCCCACAGAGGUUCCCACUUGAAGUUAGCAGCCCUUGGAGCCAUUGCUUCCAGUCCUGGCUUAUCUGUCUGCUUAUGCCAAGUCCAAGGAUGAUUUGGUGGAUCAUCCACUCAUCCAAAAGGUAGUUAAAACUAUUAACAACUUAAGAAGCCAGUGGAAUAGAGUUAGCUCAAGCAAUGAAGACCAGAGGAGGCUGGGCAUCGUGCCGACUCUCUGUCCCAGAACAUACGGAAGUUCUCCCGCUACCUCCCUGGGUUCCAAAGACAUGGUAGUAUCUUUUGCACAUCAUCUGAACCCUACAAUGCUUUAGACUUGGGAUGUUUAUGAUGCUAUUCUUAACAGAAGGGGAAUGGGAAGUGGGAACCAACAAAAUCUAAAGUCUAUAGUGACAUGAUACCACUUUAUAAAUUUCUCAUCCAGAUCUCUAGUUUUGUCCUUUCCUGUGGAAAACUCACCUUAUCUUCCUAUGACCAGUUUUGCCUGUUCUGAAUUAAUUGCCUCUUCCAGACAACAUAUUUUGUAUAAUAGAAUAAGUAGCAAAUCAUACAUCUACAUAUGUUACCUUUUAACAACUCUAAUUUUCAUUAAAGCAAUUCAUCAUAGCAAUGAGGCUAUUUCGGCAAUUUCAUGAGGCUACCCCAUGACCUUUCUCCUUUACAGUAUGACAUGAAUGCGCAUACCUCUCCAUUACACACUGUUUUCUAGAACAAUACUUUCUCUAAAUAAUUGAAGAAAAGAUGCCAUUCAGAUAUUGAUAGCUUCAAUAUCUUGCCAUCUUUCUAGCUAUUUUAAAAGCACCCAUCAUUUUUAGGACAUGCCUGACAAGAGAACCAAGCUAGGAGGGUGUUUCCCCGGAACUCCCAGGGGAAGUACUACUGGGACCCUUAGGGGGCUAUAGUGGACGGCUGGCUUCUAAAUGGACAAAGGCGAAAGAGGGACAACCAGGACAGAGGUGAUCCAGCCCACCUUCCUCUUUAUUAGCAAUGGCAGCCAUUUGACUCACUCAUAUUGCAUGGGUUAAGAACUAGAGGAGAGAAUUCUAUGAAAACUGUAGAAAAAGGAACGUGCUCUUCGUAUCUAGGAAACAGAGAGGGGGGAGUCCCACUCCUGCAUUUGCCUAGACUUCUUUUAAUGAAUUAGACAUUUUCAUUUUUGCUUUGCCGUAGAUUUUUGGUUGCUAUGUGGCUGAAUGAUUGUACGCUUUAAAAUAAAUAAUGCAGUUAAUUCACACUUCAAUAAUGAAAUAUUAACAUUUUAGCUCUGGGCCAGCCUGAAGACAUCACAAACAAGAAAACGCGUUGCCUGCUGGCCCUGUCACUGCACGGGCUGUGCAAGGCAGUCCAUGUGGGAAGUAGACCAGUUCUUCCACACAUAAAUUCCGGAGGGCCAUUUCCGACCACACUUCAGUCAGGCCACACGACAUGAAGGGCAGUGGGAAGAUGGGAGGAAAGUAGCCCUGUUAUUAGUCAUGUUUGCACACAGACAUUUGAAAUAGGUCUUCGACAUAAGAGUCCUAAUUAAAAAGGUACUCGCUGCAGGCUAGACAAAGGGGCUUUUCCUCUUGCUGGUAACUAUUCAGAAGAUGGACAAGUCUUCUUUGAUAAAAGCUUACAAAGAAGACAUCCGAAGCCCUGUCUAUGACACCGGGUCACAUAUUAACCACUGCAGCUAAUUGUAAAUCUUUCUAUGAAACUCUGAAAAGCCUCUUUGUGAAUUAGUCCAGUUCUGCUUGACGCACUUGGUUUGCAAAGACAUUUUCUCUGUAUGUGGUGCAUGUCGGCUGUGCUUUGAACAACAACAAAGCUAGCAGAAUACGCUCAAUAUAUUUUCUCGGGAAAUAGGGUUUUUAUCAUAUGACUCAUUAAGGAUUUGCCUUACCCUGACAUUUGUGAUAUAAAGGAAAAUCAGGAGAAAAGUACUUUUCUUGAACAAGAUAUGUUUUUACUUAAUGCGAAUACAUGUAGUCUGUUGCUUGCAAGGAAAAAAAAAAACCAAACGUCUUCUGGUAAUAAUAGGGUAACACGUGCCUCUUUUGUUAAGCCAGUCUUGACAUGCUGGACAGCUUCUGAGUCUGUUUGUCUGUUCUCAUCUGUGCCACACACUAUGACACUUAAAUGACUGUUGCCUUCAAACUAUAUUUGUUAGAGCAGAGUGCAAAUAAACUUCUUUGAGAGGAGAAUGUGGAA